AUGCCGAAGGGGCGGCGCGGCAGCCAGAGCCCCACGAUGAGCCAGCGGCCGGCGCCGCCCCUCUAUUUCCCGUCGCUCUACGACCGCGGCAUCUCCUCGUCUCCGCUCAAUGACUUUAACAUCUGGAAGAAGCUCUUCGUGCCGCUGAAGGCGGGCGGGGCGCCGGCGGGCGGGGAGGCUGGGGGCCGGCCCCUGCCCCAGGCGCCUUUCGCCCCUGCGCCCCCUCCGCCGCCCGGCCUGGGUCCCCCCAGCGAGCGCCCCUGUCCCCAGCCCUGGCCCUCCGGCCUGGCUUCCAUCCCCUACGAGCCUCUGCGCUUCUACUCACCGCCACCGGGCCCUGAAGUGGCUGCCUCGCCCCCAACUCCCAGCCCCGCGAUCGCCCCUCUCGCCUCUGCUCCCCACCCCGAGGAGUUAUGCGAGCUGGAGAUCCGGAUUAAGGAGCUGGAGUUGCUUGCCAUCACUGGGGACGGCUUCGACUCCCAGCGCUAUAAAUUCCUGAAGGCGCUGAAAGAUGAGAAGUUACAAGUACUGAAGACCAGGCAACCCGGAAAGAAGUCAGCCUUGCUGUCCUGAGAAGCUGCUUUCCAGAGUCGGGCAGUCCCCUUCUUAGAUUUUAGUGCUUAGAUAACGUGCCCCAUUUCGUGUCAUUUCAAAGAUGGUUAUUUUCUGUUCUGUAUUUACUGCUGUUAUUGCUCCCAGCAUGUACUCCACAUAGAGUAUCCACGUAUGUGGUCAAUCACACGGUCUCUCUCCUCUGUGCUGCUGCUGGGGGAGCUCCCUCAUUGGGUCUGGAUGCUGUUGCAGGGCUGACUUUCAGGGUUCCCUGAUUCCAAAGCCGAGAACCCCCAAGUUUCCAUAGCAUGAAAACAAGAAUGAUGGAUGUGUAGGAGGGAACUGGGAGAAACCAAGGGAAUGGGGUUUGGUAAGAUUGAUUUACUUUGGGUUGUGGCCAAAAAGCUAUGUAGUCAAGGAAUGUAUAAGCCUGGAGUUCAGAGAAAGGCUGGACUGAUGUAUUAGUUUAGGGAGUUGUUGACAUGUGGUUCUAUUUAAAGAGUGAGAUUAAAUGAGACCAUCUGGGUGAUUGGAGGGAGAAACAGGUAGAACAACCUUAAUACAAAAACCAAAAUCCAAAAUGUUAAACUAUUUGAACACCAACAUUUCUACCACAUGUGGAAUAUUCUACAUCAUGGAACUUUGU